AUGGCUCCACGGUCUGCUCCCAGUCUCCGGCCACUUCUGCCUGUUCUGGCCUUUCUUCUUCAGACAGUCUUCAUAGGACUUUUUGCUUUUUUUAUUGAAAUCAGAUGGACUGAAGAAACAUCUCAGGUCAACACUUAUGCAGUUUUCCAGGAUGUUCAUGUGGUGGUCUUUCUGGGUUUUGGAUUCCUGACCACAUUCCUCGUGCGCUAUGGAUUUAGCGGCUCUGGGUUCAGUUUACUGGUCGCAGCCAUGGCAGUGCAGUGGGCCACUCUGUUGAAUGGCUUCCUCUUGUCUACAUGGAACAGCAGAAAGAAGAUCGCUGUUGAUUUGGACAGCUUGGUUGAUGCAGAAUUAUGUGCAGCUUCCUCUCUGAUAGCAAUGGGUGCUGUCCUUGGGAAGGUAAAUCCAGUUCAGUACAUGCUCAUGGCUCUACUGGAGGUAACGUCAUUUGUGGUCAGUCAGUGGCUGCUGCAGACCCUAAUUAGGAUACAAGUGAUGAACACUAUCAUGUAUCUCCAUAUCUUUGGAGCAUUCUUUGGCAUUAUGACGUCAUGGGUCCUUUACCGGAAGGGAACAGAGCAGCAGCAUGAGAAAGAGAAGUCUGACCACAAGACUGGCCUGUUCUCUAUGCUAGGGACCCUUUUCCUAUGGAUGUUUUGGCCUAGUUGUAACUUAGUGCUGCUGAGUAGUAAAUGGUGGACAUUGAAGAAUGCAAGGAGGCGCGAGAUUGAGAGCAAUUUGAGUGCUGUUUAUGGCACAUACCUGGCGCUGGCAGCCAGCUCAAUCACUGCUUUUGGGAUGUCUGUCUUGACCAGUCCCAGAGGCAAAAUCAACCUGGUUCACAUGCAGAGUUCAAUACUUGCUGGUGGUGUUGCUUUUGGGGGUGCUAUGACAGCUGUCCAUGUGCCAUGGAUUGCAAUGACACUUGGCUCAUUAGCUGCUGUUUUGUCAGCUGUGGGAUUUCGUUACCUUAAGCCCCACAUGCAAUUAGCCUUUGAGUGUCAUGACACCUGUGGAGUCCUCAAUGCCCAUGGAAUGCCGGGAAUUCUGGGAUGGUUUGCUUGCCUACUACUACAGUUGAUCGAUACUGAAGAUAAUAUAAUUGCGAUCAGGCUUGCUUGUUAUCACAUCAGUAUCCUGUUUAUCAUGCUCGCCAUGAGUUUGGUCCUGGGAGCCAUUACAGGAUUCAUUUUAAAGUGGAAUUUUUGGAGAGCACCACAGAACAGGAAGUGUUUUGAUGACCAAGCAUUUUGGGAGUUUCCACAUUUAGCAACCCGGAAAUGAGGAGUAAAAAGAAGUUGGAGAAGUGGAUUUCAG